GCAGAAGUAGAGGACUUGCAUUUUAAACAAACUGCUAAGGAAAAAGAGAGGAGAGAGAGUCAGUAUCACCGGAGAGCAAGAGAGAGAGAUAGGGGAAGAGAUCGCAUUCUUAUCACGUCUACAUUUCUCUUCUCUCCUCUCUUUCGGUUCAGCCACUAAGAGAGGGUGAGGAAAAGGGGGACAGGGAAAGAGAGAGAGAAGAGGAAAAGAACGGGAGAACGAGAGAGAUUUACCAGACUCAAAACUAGUGAUCUUUUUUCCCGAUGCUUUCCAAUUGCACAACAAAACUAAGACGGCUCUGUCACCCCCCUCAUUUUCUCGUUCUCUUCCCCUCCCUUACAGCCCGGCAUCGGACCGUGAGACGCGGGAUGCACCGGGCAACGACAGGACCCAUCACCGCAGAAGGAGGAUAUGUGAAGUUGGAAUCCCGCUAAACUAAUGCUGUGAAGUGGCUCUGUCCCUGGAGCCAAAACUUCAUCAUCGUGGUGUAAGCGAGGAUGCUGUGGGUUACCUUGCUGAGCACCAUAGCCUUAGGAUGGACCACACCAAUCCCACUGCUGGAGGACUCGGAGGAGAUCGAUGAGCCCUGCUUUGAGCCGUGUGACUGCGAGGUCAAGGAAGGCAUCUUCCAUGUCCACUGUGACAGUAAAGGAUUUACAAAUGUCAGCCAGAUCUCUCAAAUUUGGAGCCGGCCCUUCAAGCUCAACUUGCAGAGGAACUCGAUGAGGAAGCUCUACUUUAACAGUUUCCUCCAUCUUAACAAUGCCAUUUCCAUCAAUCUUGGUAAUAAUGCCUUGCAAGAUAUACAUGCAGGGGCAUUUAACGGCUUAGGAAUACUCAAACGGCUGUUUCUCCAUGAAAACAAACUAGAAGUUUUCCGAAACGACACAUUUCUGGGGUUGGAGAGUCUAGAGUAUCUCCAGGCAGAUUACAAUGUUAUUAAAAGGAUUGAAAGUGGUGCAUUCAGGCACCUUCACAAAUUAAGAGUGCUUAUAUUAAAUGACAAUCUCAUACCCAUGCUGCCAAAUUAUCUUUUUCGGUCUGUGUCCCUAACACACUUGGACUUGAGAGGUAACAGACUAAAGACAUUGCAGUAUAAAGGCACACUGGAGUAUGUUGGGCGGAACUUGAUGGAAAUCCAACUGGAGGAAAACCCUUGGAACUGUGUGUGUGAGAUUGUCCAGUUAAAGACAUGGCUGGAGAGAAUCCCUUACACAGCUUUGGUAGGAGAGAUCACAUGUGAAUACCCAUUCCACCUACAUGGAAAAGACCUGCGGGAAAUUAAGCGCACUGAGCUCUGUCCUCUGCUCUCCGAUGCAGAGAUUGAGGCCAAGCUGGGAAUUCCCCGGGUGCCAUUCAGCAAUGAGAACACUUGGCCUACUAAACCUUCCUCUAUGCUCUCCUCUUUUCACAACACAGCGUCUUCUGUGGAGUACAAGGAAAGAGCUGUGAAGCCUACCAAACGUCCCCGGCCCACAAAGAACCCCCCAACCCCUCGUAGCAUUUACCCAGGCCUCAACCAACCCCCUAUUGCCGGUUACCAAACAAGACCACCCAUUCCAAUAAUCUGUCCAGCCAGUUGUGUUUGCAACCUUCACAUCAAUGACCUGGGGUUAACAGUAAACUGUAAAGACAAAGGCUUUCACAACAUUUCAGAGCUUCUGCCGCGACCCCUCAAUGCUAAAAAAUUGUAUCUUAGUGGAAACCUAAUACAGAAGAUUUACCGCUCAGAUUUCUGGAACUUCUCAAGUUUAGAUUUACUACAUUUAGGUAACAACCGGAUAUCCUAUGUCCAGGAGGGUGCGUUCAUCAGCUUACCAAACUUAAAACGUUUGUAUCUGAAUGGUAAUGACAUUGAGAGGCUCUCUCCUGGAAUGUUUCGUGGACUUCAGAUGCUGAGUUAUCUUUACUUUGAAUACAAUGUUAUCCGAGAAAUUCAGCCUCAUUCUUUCUCUCUGAUGCCCAAUCUGCAGCUGGUUUUCCUCAAUAAUAACCUGUUGAGGUCACUCCCUAACAAUGCCUUCGCUGGCACCAAUCUUGCACGUCUUAAUCUCCACAGCAAUUACUUUGUUUCCCUGCCUGUUCAUGGUGUCCUUGAGCAUCUGACUUCCAUCGUGCAGACUGAUCUCCAUCAGAACCCCUGGGACUGCUCAUGUGAUAUUAUCCCUCUCAAACAUUGGCUGGAAAAGCUUUCCUCUGUCAUUGUGGUGGGGGAUGUCAUCUGCAAGACACCCGAGUAUGCUUCUGGAAAGGACCUGCGCUCACUUGAGGUUGAGGUCAUCUGUCCUGAGCUGAAGCAUUCCUCAGGUCCCUCUCCAGCUCUGCCUGGUGUGGAAGACCUCACCACAGGGAGCUCUGAAAUGGAGGAAGCAGCUGGAAGAGGGGCUGUUCCGCUAUCGGUUCUCAUCCUCAGCCUACUCAUCCUCUUCAUUUCAGCUGUGUUUGUGACUGCUGGGCUGUUUGCCUUUGUCCUCCGUCGCAGGAAGAAGCUACCUUUUCGGAAACGUUCUGAGGUGGACCUAACAGGGAUCCAGAUGCAAUGCAGGAUUUUUGAGGAUCCACCAAGGCAAAGCAGUGCAGAAAACACUGGCACGCUGGAGAAACCAACACCCAGUUUGCACACACACUCGCACACUACUCACACACACGCUCAUGGCCACGUUUAUGAUUACAUCCCCCACCCUGUGACACAAAUGUGUAACAACCCUAUCUAUAAGCCUAGAGAAGGAGAGAUUUCAGAGGAGGAGAUGGCACAGUUUGCGGAAAAGAAAGACAAUGGAAGCAGUACCAACAGUAACUACAGAACCUUGUUGGAGAAAGAGAGAGAGUGGACCUUGGCGGUCUCCAACUCUCAACUCAACACCAUUGUUACAGUCAACCACACCACAGCGGACAUGUCAGGAUUUCAUGAGAAUGGAGGGCUUUGUUCUACAGUGAUUGACAGUCAGAGGCCAACGCCAACAGUGGGAUUUGUAGACUGUUUGUAUGGGACAGUACCCAAAUUAAAGGACAUCCAUGUUGCACAUGCGCAUCCACCAGGCAUGCAGUACCCAGAUUUACAGCAGGAUGCACGGCUGAAGGAGACGUUGCUUUUUACAGCCGGGAAAGGCUGCUACCCUGAUCCCUCCCAAAGUGAUUACCUCGAGUUAAGGGCCAAACUUCAAACCAAGCCAGAUUACCUAGAAGUCUUGGAAAAAUCCUACCGAUUUUAAUCACUCAGUUGCCCACGGGCGAAGAACAAAAAAAAAAACCCUGCAGUUUUGUCAUGUACACUUUGCCACCUUCCAAAAAAAAAUCACUUAGACCAAUAUUAAAAGCUAAAUUUGAUUAGACAGCAUGAAAUAAAAUGUAUAAUUAUACAGUCACAUUGCCCCCGCUCCCACCCAAUAUCACCUUGGACGAGAGGUCAUUCUCAGAUGUUUCAAUUAAGUGCCUUUUUUUCAGAGUAGCCAGCAACGUCAACCGUUAUUUUUAUAAUAUAUAAAUAUCUCUAUAUGCCCUCAAGAAAGAAAACAAGGAAAAAAAGGGGGCACUGGGAAAUAAAACACACAAAUCAUGUUACAUCUGUCACUAAAAUCCAUUUGUAUGGAGUUAACAUGAUGUGCUACUAGUUACCAUGAGGACGAACGGGAGCUGGACGUCUCCCUUACUUUUUGUUUUUUCUUUUGUUUUUCCUCUCUUCUACCCUUCAAAUAGGAUGUACAAACACCUGGAAUCUGUGCACAUUUUUUCUUUGUGUUACAUUAUCAAACGAGUCUAAAGAAUACUUAUAUUUAAACUGAACUGCAGUUUCCUGCAUGCACUCGCUUCAGUGCAGGAAGUGAGAGGAUUUAUUCAGAACUAUCACGUCUCUCUAUGAACAGAGAUACUGCAACACAUUUACGGUUCAGUGGUCUAUUUAAUUUUUAUAUCUUAUUAAUAUGGUUAUUACUCUUAAUGAAGACUUAUGUCUAUAUCAGGAUGCUUCUUGUAAAGAAAAGGAAGCGCCAACGCAGGGAUGGUAAAACAUUUGUGAAUAUUAUUACAAGACCAUACUGAGGGGUUUUCUGGAUAUUUCCACACUCUUUAAGACACCACUCCCUCUUCCCUUUUCAUUGCUUCUGGAUUUCCCAUCGCAAACCACUAACAGCUUUGUAGUAAGCACUUUUAAUGUUUUCUCUUUCACAAAGAUUUGAAGAAAAAUGUGCAUAUAUUUAUUCUGUAAUUUCAGUGAAGAAUUUUAUUGUAAAGAUAAUGUUAAAUCAAUGUAUAGUGAUUAUGCGUCUGGUAUAGCCUUCUUAAUAAAAACAAACUCUUUAAUCUAAUUGAUGAAGGUGUCAAUGCCAAUACCAAUGACAGUGGAACAUGCGUGGAAUGGAGACCAACAAGAUGUGUAUUUGGUGUAGGUUGUGGUCAGCCAUUAGCUGUCAUCAGGCAUAAAGCGCAUGCUAGACCAAGAAGCAGUGCAAGGUAAUAAACAUCCUAUAAUAACACAAACUUGUUAAUAUUCAUCUAACAAGAUUUGCAUCCAAUUUAUCUACAUUUCCAGCUACAUGGAAAAAAUAAUACAAGAUGCUGAUUUUGUUUUUUGUUUUUUUUAACUGAGGGUCUUAUUAUGAUAUGUUAAUGCAUAUUUUGUUUGGUAAAUUGCAGGCUUUAGCCGCAUAUCUAAAGCCAAAGUAAAACCAGCCCAGAACAAGUCGAGUGAAUGCUGCUGGCUUUUGAGGAAGAUAUCUUAAAAAGGCAACUCAGAGAGGCAUGGCACAGUUAUCUGAACAUGUAUCGCUGAUGUAUGCAAAUAAAAACUAAUUGAGAGGGUAAGUGGCAUCGUCAUUGGAAGAUACUUUUCGAAUUUGCACAUCUUAUUUCUCAGUUCUCCCUGAAAGUUUGCUAUGUGUUUGCACUCCACUAGGGGGCGAUAGAAAUAUUCUGCCACUCCAGAGAUUUGGUGCUGUUGUAUGGUUAUCAUAUAGGCUACGGUUUGAAAAUUAUAAGAAAUAUUAUAUAGAAUAGAAAUAGAAAUAUUAUAUAGAAUAGAAUACAGAAUAUUUAUAUAUAUAUAUAUCUAUAUAUAUAUAGAUAUAUAUAUAUAUAUACACAUUUUUAAUAGCAUGAGUUUUAGCUUUCUUUGAUCAGCUUGUGAUUAAAUUAUUCAAAGUAAAGCAUAACAAAUUUACCUAGAAAAUUGCCAAAUCUUUGAGAGAUUAAUUUAUCAACUCUAUACUUUUAAUUAUAUCUAUACUUUUCUGUACCGCAGUUACCAUUUGAUUAAUGUAGCUUUUCAUUGUGCUACACAUGCUCGUUUCUUAGCCUCAUCUAUUCUGCAAACCAGACAAAGGAAAUUGGAACGAAAGGUUAGGGGGUUGUACCAACUAAUGAUUAAAAUAUAAUAUCAGCAUUAUUACCAAUUAAUCUCUUGUAUGAUGCAGUCUUGAUGUCUUAAAAUUUGUAAGUACAGUGAAUCUAAAAAGUUUACACACCCAUAUUAAAAUGCCAGGUUUUUGUGAUGUAAAAAAAAAUAAGACAAAUCAUUUCAGAACUUUUCCAUCUUAUUGCGACCUAUAACAUGUACAACCUGAAUUUAUUACAGCUACUUGUCUUUUUGUGUAGGCAUGUAUCUGCAUGGCACAUCUCUACAAUAUUUGGGCACUCUUUGAAAAACUGUUCCAAACCUGUCAGAUUGUGAGGCCAUUUCUUAUGUACAGUCCUCUUCAAUCACACCACAUACUUUUAAUCAGAAUCAGGACUUGGCUUUUUCUAGGAUAUUCUAUAAAACUCUAUAAUUUUCUUCUGGUGAAGUCAUUAAUUUUCUUUAUUUAGAUAUAUACUGUGAGUUGUUAUGCUGAAAGAUGCUUUCUAGCAGAAGUCUGAUAUUUUGUGCAAACACUGAUUGGUAUUUUGAUAUGUUCAUGGUGUCCUCCACAUUAACUAAGUCCCCAAUUCCAGCUGAAGAAACAGACCCCAAAGCAUGAUGUUUCCACCACUAUGCCUUACUUGAUGUAUCUUGUUCUUUUCUUUAUAAGGAAAUGCUUCCAUAUUUUCCAUCUUACCAUUUAACCCCAAAGCCCAUACAUAUAAAGACCAAAAUAAGUACUUGUCAAAAGUUCCUGCAGCUUCUUCAAUAUUGCUGUAGGCCCUUGCCAACCUCCUUGACCAUUUUUCUCUGUUGUUUCAUUGAUUUUGGGGGAAGUCUAGUUCUUGCGUAUACCAAUGUUGCACCACAUUUCCUACACUUGAUGUUUUUUGCUCCAUGGUAUAUAUAAUGCCCUGAUGGAUUCCUUUUGACAAUGAGAUACUUCCGAUGCCGUGGAAACUCUCUGCAGAUCAUGGUCUUUGCUGUAAGAUGAAACAAAGAAAAUGUCAGGAAAAGUGUACAAGGAUAAGUUAACUUUAUUUAGGGUUAAUCAGAGGUGUUGUAUAUAGUCACAGGUGUGUACUGACUUCUAUGAGUUUGAAUGGGGUGGCCAGCCAUACCCCCAGAUAAACGAGGGUAUGCACAGUUUCAACGAAGUUGUACAUGAAAUAGGUCACAUAAAAGCUUUAAAAGGAUCUCAAAUUAUUAAUUUUUUAGAUCACAAAAACAGCUAUUUUAAACGGGUGUGUGCACCUGUCAUUCUUAUUGUAAGUACAUUUAGGGAUUGAUUCAUAUUUUUCUCUAUGGCCACAUUGUUUAAAUACAAUGCAUUAAAUAGGAGGGGUGAUGCUCAGUUGGACUAUAUUGUUAUUGUUCCUGAUAUGUAUCAACGUACAGUAACUAAAAUGUAGCAAACCAAACAUUCUUUUCUGAAAGAUGUUCAGGUAUUGUUGAUGAGUCAUUUCCAGAAUUGGUUAUCAGUGAUCCAGUCUAUAAGCUUGCAUUAAAUUGAGCAUUUUAUCUUGCGUUGCCUUCAUUCUUUUGGCAAUUAUUGCUGCUCAGAUAAGCGAGGACAACUUCAUAUAAAUCCUUCAAAAGUAUGGCUAUAUAAUGUAAAGGCUUUUUGUUUUUAUUGCUUUUGGAAAGUUUUACAGUGCUGAACUCUUGUAAUCUGCUCCACCUAAUUUGUCUUCUCCUUUUUCAGAAUCAGAAUCAGAAUCAGCUUUAUUGCCAAGUUCGUACCUACAAACAAGGAAUUUGACUCCGGUACACUUUUUUUCUGUAUUUACACACAUUCACACACAGAAAAACACACAAAACCUUAGUUUCCAUGAAGACAAGGUCAGUUUAUACUGUCAGCAAUUUUAGAGUGCACUCAGUUUGAUUAAAAGCAUGAUGUAAUUCUCUGUUACUCUAAACCUUUACCAUCCCCAACCCUCUCUAAAAUGAAUAGAUAAAUAAAGUUUUGGGAUCGUU